AUGUCAGCAUUCAUGUGGCAAGUGGCUCAGCAGCAUAUUGUAAAGCAUUAUGGGAAGCUGGAGGAGUUUGUGACUUUGGUGACAGAGAUGGUUCCAGAGCUACUGAGUUCCAGGCAGAGGACCCAACUUCUUCUGGGUCUGAGAGCAAGGCUGGUACUGGAGUUGUGUCUCAGUGAGAGCACAGCUGACCUCGUGACCAUCCAGCCUCACCUGGACAAAAUCCAUUAUUUGACCGAAUACGCUGUACACAAAGAGAGUAAUGAUGAUGAGUUGGAGGCUACAGAGUCUAACUUUGUGGAGUUGGUCCAAACCCUGCUGGAAGACCCGUCUGAGCGGGAGCACUUCUUCCAGGAGGUGUUCCUAGCACACUAUGGCCCUCGGUAUGACACCGCACUGCAGGUACUGGUGUGGGAGUUCCUCUCCAGACUGGAGGAGCUGCUACCUGUACCAGACUUCACACAGACAGCAGCAUGGCUUGGUAAUGCCCCCUCUGUCGUGGAGGAAUGUGGAAGCACCAUAUUUGACACUGAAGAGCUGAAGACUCUUCUGCAGCACCAUCAGCAUCAUGGAAACCUGAAAAGAGGAUUGAAUAGUGACAUGGAAUCCCAGGUCCUUGCCUGCUCCCUCUGCUCAUUCUCUCACAGUGAUAUGGCAAAACUCCACCAGCACAUCAGGAUUAGGCAUCGAGGAGAGGACCGAAAGCUUCGACGCCCUAAAGAAUCUGGGACUGAAAAGCACCUUCCCUCAAGCAGAACAAAACUGCUUCACCAGCACAUCAGGACUAGGCACCAAGGAGAUGAACAGAAGUGUCAACACUGAAGAAUCUGGGACUGAAAACCUUCACUCAAGCACAACGAUUAUCCCCCAUAGACCCAAUAACAUGACUCUAAGCUGCCCUCAUUGUGGGAAUUACAUUUACAUUUAAGUCAUUUAGCAGACGCUCUUAUCCAGAGCGACUUACAGAUUGGUGCAUUCACCUUAUGACAUCGAGUGGAACAGUCACUUUACAAUAGUGCAUCUAAAUCUAAAGGGGGGGGUGAGAGGGAUUACUUAUCCUAUCCUAGGUAUUCCUUAAAGAGGUGGAAUGUUUACCAAAACCUCAACUCUCUGAAAAAACACAUAAGAAUUCACACAUUUCCAUUCUGUUGUAACCAGUGUGAGAGAAGAUUUUCUACCAGAUUAGGUCUCAAAAGACAUCAGCGAGCUCACACAGGGGAAAGACCAUUCAAAUGCUCUCACUGUGACCGGAGAUUCAUGUGUGCAUAUUCACUCAAAAUGCAUGUACGCACACACACUGGGGAGCGUCCCUACUCUUGCACUAUUUGUGGGAAAACAUCUGUCCAACAUCUAGCAAGACACAUGCGGAUGCAUGCAGGGGAGAAAAACUAUUUAUGUAGCAUCUGUGGUAAGGCAUUCCUUAGCUCAGGAGAACUGAGGCUGCAUACAUGAUCACACACAGGAGAAUGUCCCUACACCUGUGAACAUUGCGGAAGGGAUUUCAAAGCAGCAUGCCAUCUUCAGAUUCAUAUACGAAGAUUUCACACAGGGGAGCGUCCAUACCCCUGCACCCUGUGCACAAAACGUUUUGUCAUUCUCAGGGAACUUAAAAGACACAUGUUAAUUCACACGGGUGAGAAAGGUCACAAAUGCUCCAAGUGUGGGAAGAGUUUUUCUUUAAAGGAAUCUCUGAAAACACAUCUUAAAAGUCAUGGAUUGUAAGACGUUCUAGACAGAUCAUAUUAGUUAUGCAUAAAGUCUUGUAGACGGUAUUACUUCUUUCCCCCACAGGUCAGGCGUUAUGGGUGGGUCUUAGGGGGCCUGGCUCGUCCGACUGUACCUCUUUUCCCAUCCAAAUAAAAUAUUGAAAUAUUUAUCAUGUAGUUGACCGAGAUGCGCGGCGACAGAAAGACUCAAUCUAAAUUAAAGAAUCCGAGCGAGCUAAAUUGCGUCCCUCUCACAAUAUGUGAAAAACAUAUACAGUACCAGUCAAAAGUGUAGAC